UUUAUCCUAUUAUAGGUAUUAUAUCAAAAGAAGUAUAUAUACAUAUCUUGAUCACAUUACUGAAUAGAUAAUGAGUCUUCAUGAGGAAUCUUUGAAAUAUUUAUGUAGAAAGUGUGGAUUGAAAAUAAAAAAGGAUAAUCAUUAUCAAUUAAAACCUGCUAUUAUCUAUAAACAUAUAAUUCUUAAUAUUUACAAGCUGGAUAUAACUUCAGAUAAUCAAAAGGUACAUCCAGAAUAUUUAUGCAAAUCAUGUUAUAUGGUCUUAUAUAGGUUAGAUUUAAAAACAAAAAAUAGCUUUGAAGUCGAAAGGAGUGAUAAGUUCUUCGCUUGUACUGAACACACAGAAACCUGUUAUGUAUGUCACAAAAAUUGGAAGAAAUAAAAAAGUACCUGCGAUAAAUACGUAUCAACAGUUAAAAGCAGUUGCAUUGAAACAUGGUUUUGACUGUUACUAUGAAAACAACAAAAAUUAUUUUGUAAUAGUUGAAAUCAAGAGUUCAGCCAAGUUGUUAGCAAAACACUGUCAUUAGAGUCAAAUACCAUGUGGAGACUAAUUGUUUUAAAUCGUGAAGUGCCAUUAUCCAAUACUGUUAUUAAAUCAUUACCAGAUUAUCUAAAUCUGCAAUCUGCUGAUAUAAUAUUCUCAACCAUUUUAUGUAUAAAACAUAUGUCAAGGUAAUAAUGACUUCCACUAUUUAAUCAGAAAUAAAUUUUCUGAUUUUAAAAAUUUCCAAAGCACAUCAAAUGAAGAUGUUGGAAUAAUUGAGAUGGAAGAUGGCAAUACAGUUGACAACUUUAAAGUUAUUAGACAUAAAGAUUGUUCAUUAAUAUGUUCCAAAGUCUGUUGUGACUCCUGUACCAUGUACCGUACUAACUUGCGUGUAAUGGAGUCUAGGAGAAAGAGUAAUGAAAAUCAAUCAUCUAUCACAUCCAACAGUAAAAAGAAUGACCGUUACUUUUUUAAAUCAGAAUUAUUAACAAAAAUUAAACUUUUAGAGAAAGAAAAAAAGAAAAUCUUGCAAAACAACAACGAAUGCAAAAAAAACUUGAAAAAUCUAAAAUAGAAGAAGGGGUUGUUCUUGAAGAGGAAGAACACACAAUUAUUGAGGAACAUGAAAAAUAUGGGGAAGAAAACCCUUUUACUGAGGAAUCACCUCAAGCACUGUUGUGGCAACAACAAAAAAUCCAGGCUGGACUUAAAGACAGAAGGUCUAUGAAGUGCAUCCUUUAAUUAUAAGAUGGUGCAUCAGUUUAUAUUUGAAAUCUCCCGGUGCCUAUCGUCAUAUUUGUUCGACGUCAUUUCUUCCUUGCAAAAAUACUCUUCAGAAAUAUAUCAACUUUACUGACCCAGGCUGUGGUUUUAACAAGGAUGUAAUGUACAACUUGACCAGAAAAAUUGAUUUACCUAAUAUAAAAGAGCACCUAAGGUAUGUUUCAAUCAUUUUUGAUGAAAUGAAAAUAAAAAGUGGGCUUGCUUUUAGCUCAUCAACUGGAAAGUUGGUAGGUUUUUCAGAAUGUGGAUCUAUUAAUGAGAUGCUCUUGAAUUUUGAAAAUAAAUAUACAGAAAAUAAAGAAAACAGCAAUGUAGAAGAUCCAAAAACCAUACCUUUGGCAUCAUAUGUAACUGUUUUAAUGGUGAGGGGCAUUACAUCUUCUCUAAAAUAUGUGUUUGGUCUUUUUGCUUCUGCUGGAGGUCUUUCUAGCAGCCAAUUGUAUUUUACUGUAUGGGAUGGAAUAAAGCAAUUAGAAUCAGUUGGUCUAAAAGUGAUGGCAAUUGUAGCGGAUGGUGCAUCUCCAAACUGAACGUUUAUACCUCUCCAUGCUUGGAAAUCACAAGAAAAUACUAAAGAUGGUGUUAUUUACUGGACUUGGAAUGAGUGUUGUCCUAGAAUACCGGAAGAUAUUUUUUAUUUGUGAUGUACCUCACUUGAUGAAAACCAUGAGAAACAACCUUGAAAAAUCACAUGAAAACUCUUCAAGUAGAAAUCUUAUGAUUGAUGGUCAGAUGCUUGUUUGGAAUCAAAUAAUCAGUUUUUAUGAUUGGGAUAUUGGAAUAGAUAGAGAUGCAGUGGGGUUGAUAUGGGACACAAGUUAAGUGAAGAACAUAUCAACCUCAAUUCAAAAACACGUAUGCGAGUAAACCUAGCGGUACAGGUUAGAGUUAAAUAAAUUGUACUUCUGCAGAUCUGGAUUUAAAACAUGCCAGUGGAGAAUAUUUAUCGAAUAUAUUAAUGAUAUACAUGUAUCUCUUGACCUAUUGCAGGAAAAUAAAUGUAUUUUUUUUA